AUGCAUGUACAUCAUUUUACUGUUGCCGUAGUCAAACCUUUUCUCCGUGCUAAAUCCACUUGCCGAUCUUAUCAUAGGAAAACAAGUCAAAAACCGAUCAAACUUGAAGUCGACUCGGAUCAAUCACCUGAAAGAAGAGAUGAGUCACCUCCACGAAGACGAGAACAACCUAGAGGACGCGAAAGACGGAUUGCUUCACCUGAGAAAUUGGGUAAAGAGUCGCAAAAGACCCUUGAUGGAAAGAUUGCUGGGCUUCAGUCAGCGGAUGCUCUCAAAAAAGAAUCUGAGAAAAUUCGAGAACAAGAGAGUAAGAUGUUCGAAGAGAUGGAUGCUACCAUUAGCGGCAGAUUUGCAGAAACUACUGUACGAGAAAAGCAAGUGCGAAAAAAGCGUGAAAAGCCAGAAGAUAAGGAGAGGAAAGAGCGCGAGGCGAAAAAGCAGGCUGAACUGCAAGAAAAAUACGACUUAUGGAACAAAGGAGUGGCUCAAAAAGAAAGG